AUGAAUGAUCUUUAUGGGAAUUGCCCGGAGUAUUAUCAACUGGUUGCAACUCUUUACUCCAAGGAGUCUUUGCUUCUCCAUGGCAAGCAUGCAUUAUCAUCAUCGUCUAACUACCUCGAUUUUAUGGGGCCGAUGCCCAUGGUUGUAAGGGCGUCAUGCAACGACUUGUUGCUUGUGUCCCCUGAUUCCCGUUAUCGAUUUGGAAAUGAUCCACAGAGGUAUUACAUCUGUAACCCGGUGACUAAAAAGUGGUUUCUCAUUCCUAGGGAUCCUUUUUAUGGACUUCCUGUCGGCCACUACAUACAACAAGUGCUUGUGUUUUGCUCAGAGUCACAAGACUCACAACAAUGGACCAAAUCUUCCUUCUUGUUGCCUAAGCGUGCAGUAAGUGACUAUAGCGCUGACUUGAAUGUUGUUGUGUGCAAUGGGACUCUCUACUGGAUGGACGGUUUAUAUAAACGCGACCAGGUUGUUUCUUUAGAUGUGGGCAACAAUCAUUGUUCCGUUAUUUACUUCCCGGACAUUGUGCGUAACAGCACAAGAGAGGUGCUGAACUCGAGGACCCACCUUGGAGUUGUGAGGGACGAGUUGAGGUUGUUGCACGUUUUGCGGGCCUGGCCGGGCCCAAAAUGCUUUGUCGUGGGGGUUUGGGAGUUGGACCGUCAGGAUUGUUCGUGGGCAUUGGUUGGUCAAAGGGAGUUGACUUUUUCGGAGGAUGACUACGACGGCAGGGAUGCAUUGGUCGGUGCCGCUUUUCAUCCGAAAGAUUGUGACUUGAUUUUCGUCAUGUGCGGAAAGAGUGUCUACGAGUGUGCGGUUUCCAAGGACAAAUGUCGCAAGCUCGGGGAGAUUCGAGAAUCUAUAAGCGUCGAGGGUCUCGCGGCCUUUGUUCUCACACAUCCACCGUGGCCUACGCCACCCGCAAAGAAGCAUGUGGAGAGGUGCUUAGAGGAGCCCUCGAUGCUCAUCGUCACUUGUGAAGGCGAACAUAUCCAUCCGAGGUUUCCUUCACAAUUGGCCAACAUAUGA